AAAUUCCCCCAGACAGAUAGAUUCUCACCGGGUUUCACCAUUUGCAUCAAUCAAGUCGCAUUGUGCAGCACUUGGCGAGGUUCGAGGCCCGCAGCCAAGCUCUAUUGGAGCUCAGUUAUUGGCCUAAAGGUGGAUACUACGGCGCGGUAA